AGAAACAAGAAGGCGCAUUAUGAAAUAUUCCAAAUAUUUGAAAAGGUUUCAAGAAAGCACUUUUCGCAUCUACUCCGCGAAACUUGUGCUGACUUUUUUGAGAUCCUAUCAAAAGAGACAAGAAAACAAUCCUCAAAAUUCAUCACUGGUUGUUAUAGGAGUUGAAGUAGUCAAAAGAAGUUGAUCUGUUAAGAAAUGGAUGAGAUCAGAAGAUUAAUAUCAUCGUCGGCAUCGUUUUUACCACCUAAUAUCUCAAUACCUGCAACUUCCACGGUGGAGAACUUGUUCGCCAAUGGAAGUGGCGGCGGAGUGGGGGAGAGUCCGGGACCGAUGACUUUAAUCUCAAACUUUCUCUCAGAGAACGACAGGGAAGCGGAUUAUCAUUCAUUCUCUCAGCUUUUGGCUGGAACCAUGUCAUCAUCGGUAGAAAUUCAAGGACGUAUCCCGCCUAGAGAUCUAGAUGCCGGUGUUUCUUUUCCGGAAAACAUCGGUGGUUGUGGUGGUGUUGGCAGGGGCGUUGACUUUUCUCCGGGAUACUUUCCUCCGGCAAAGGGCUCAUAUGGAACGUUUCACCAGCAAGCCUUGGCUCAGGCUAAAACUAAAGCAACCACACACCACCGUCUUCCACCAUCUAUGGCGGACCAGUAUGUUAUAAGGCCGGAAUUAUCCAUUUCCGGCAGCCACUCGCAACCUCUCACGGCUGAUAAGCCAGCUGAGGACGGUUACAACUGGCGGAAAUAUGGGCAGAAGCAAGUGAAGGGUAGUGACUACCCUAGAAGUUAUUACCGAUGCACGCAUCAACGUUGUCUAGUCAAGAAGAAGGUUGAGCGGAGUACAGACGGUUUAGUGACUGAGAUCAUCUAUAAAGGCCAGCACAACCAUCAACCACCACGAUCCAUUGGAACUUCCGGUGAGUUUGAACCCUUCAAGGGUAGGGAGGAUCAAGAAUCUUCCCAUGAACAGUCGGGAUUAAACGAUAGUGAUGGAGCUAGUGAUGAUGUUGCCAAGCCUCAAACAAAAAAGAGGAAUGUAGAGGCAAGGGAGUUUGAUCCGGUUGCAUCCCAUCAGAAAGUUAUGGAACCUCGGAUUGUCGUUCAAGCCACCAGUGAAAUAGAUCUUCUCGAUGAUGGCUAUAAAUGGCGCAAAUAUGGCCAGAAAGUCGUUAAGGGAAACUCUCAUCCAAGGAGUUACUACAAGUGCACAAGUAAAGGGUGCAAGGUUCGGAAACAUGUUGAGAGAGCAGCAAACGACCCAAAAGCCGUCAUAACUACAUACGAGGGUAAACAUAAUCACUAUGUACUUGCGAAUGGUAAAAACAACUGCGAACUUACGAAGGAAACCACUUCUCAACUAAAGGCUCAAGACCCCGUAGGUCUUUUACGAUUAAAAGAUGAGCGAAUAUAAUAGUUGUUCAAACUAUGUAUAUUGAUUUAAUUUGCCAAAGUUUGUGUAAAUUAAAGAGAUAUAGACUAAUUGAACAAUCAAUUUUGGUUUUCUAUUGCAACUAAGAAGAUUUUUCUUUUUACUUAAUGGACUAAUGAUGACUUGAACUUAAUAAAAAAAAAAGUUAGUAAAAGAA